AUGUCUACAUCCGCUGAAAAAGGUCCAGUCGGCACUACAAACGAUGACAAUGUUGUCGACUGGGAUGGUCCAGACGAUCCCCAGAAUCCCUUGAAUUGGCCGGUCCGCAAGAGAUACCUCCACGCCAUUUUUGUUAGCAGCAUUGCUUUGUACAGCAAUCUAGGCUCGACAGUCUUCGCGCCCGGUGCACCUCUUCUCAUGAGGGAGUUGGGAGUGACUUCAUCUAUCGUAGGAUCGUUGACGGUGUCGAUUUAUGUCCUCGGAUUCGCUGUCGGGCCUCUGAUACUCGCCCCUUUGUCUGAACUCUACGGCCGACUCGUGAUAUAUCAGACGACCAACAUAAUCUUUAUGGCAUUUACUUUAGGCUGCGCGCUUGCCACGGACUCUAGCAUGUUCCUAGCAUUUCGUUUCAUUGCGGGAUGUGCAGGCUCGGCUCCAAUGACCAUUGGAGGAGGAACAAUCGCUGAUGUCUUUCCACAAGAGGAGCGGGGCGGAGUCAUGGGGUUGUUAGCAUUAGGUCCUAUUAUAGGACCUGUGGCAGGCCCUGUUGCUGGUGGUUUCCUUGCGCAAAACGCCGGUUGGAGGUGGACCUUUUGGUUAAUACUCAUACUUUCUGGAAUUGUUUGUGGAUCUUCGUUCAUCUGGAUGCGCGAAACGUACGCUGCAAUUUUGCUUGAUCGAAAGACAGCCCGACUCCGGAAAGAGACUGGCAACCUCGAAUUACGAUCAAGGCUUGACCGUGGCAUUUCCGCAAAUGCUUUACUCGCACAAUCGGUCAUUCGCCCUCUGAAACUGCUCGUUUUCUCGCCGAUCGUCUUGCUUAUCAGUGUGUACACUGCUUUCGCUUUUGGUCUGACUUUCCUUCUCUACACGACCUUCCCUCGCGUAUUCAGCAGACAGUAUGGCUUCGGAACUGGUAUCUCAGGAUUAGCCUAUCUGGGAAUGGGCAUCGGAUUUCUGAUCGCUUUGGUCGUCUUUGCAUCGACUAGCGACAGAAUUCUUAAAGCCAAAGCCUUAAAGGAUAAGUCUACUUCGCAAUACAAACCUGAGUACCGACUCAUCUUCAUGGCAUAUCUCACUCCUGUGCUUCCUAUUGGAUUCUUUUGGUAUGGUUGGUCUGCCGAGCAACAGACCCAUUGGAUUGUGCCAAUUCUGGGGACUGGUCUCAUCGGAAUUGGAUCUCUGUUUAUCAUAAUGCCGGCUCAGACAUAUCUUGUGGAUGUGUUUGGUUCUGAGGCUGCGGCCUCAGCCCUUGCGGCCAACACUCUUCUUCGAUCGUUAUUCGGGGCCUUUUUGCCGAUGGCUGGCGGUUCGAUGUAUGAUGCCCUGGGACUUGGUUGGGGUAACAGUGUUUUGGGCUUUAUCGGCCUUGCGUUCAUUCCGGUCCCGUACUUCUUCUACAAGUUCGGUGACAGAAUCCGUCGAAAAUGGCCGGUCAAAUUGUAGGUCCUCUUUAAUUCGUA